GGUUAGUUAAAUAUGCGAAAAGUUUCGUCGCGCAAAUGGAUAACAAACACAUAAUUCAGACUCGUUGUCGGACGCCGAUAUCGACAACAUUUUUUAUAUUGAUUACGGCUUAACCACGGAUUAAGAUAUAUAUAUAUAUAUAUAUAUAUGGUUCCAUCCAUGUAUAUAAUCUAUGAUUAGCGUGAUUUUUAAACAUUUUGCUAUCAGGUUAUUGCUCCACAGAUAUCAAUUUUUAUCAAACUACUCUCUGUGGAUGGGUAGACGACAAUAUCGAUUCUACAAUCGUGUGAUAAUAAUUAUUAUUAUUAUUAUUUAGUUAUUUAUACUAAUCUAUGGGUGUAAUAUAUUAUGCUGUCGUUUCACUACCUGAUGGAAAUCUGGAAUUGUAUCACGGUUAUAAACGACCGCGAAUUGAACUAUUAUUAUUAAUGCAGUAAAUAUUGUGUUAUUUACAAUAAAAAAAUGAUACCAGUAUUAAAUACAAUAUUAGAUUCGGUUAUGGAUACAGUAAGAUUUAAUGUUUAUUUUUUAAUCAUAAUAUAAAACAUUUUAAAUUUAAAUUAAACCAGAAAAUAAAAUGUCUUAGUUAUUAAAUUUAGUACAAAUAUAUUUUAGGUAGCCCCACCAAUUCCAGCAUUUGAAAAUUUUAUGUAUCAUUGGGAAAAAUUUAUGGUUAAUUAUUUAGAAUGGACUACCGAUGGAAAGUAUUCUCAAUUCCACAUUGAACAAACAAAUGUUCCAAGCCAUCUGGAAAUUGUACAACAGGUAAUUUUAUAUUUCAUUUCUAUAUUCUUUAUAGAAAUGUUUAUCAUAAUUAAAUAAUUUUAGAGAUUAUUAAUAAAUACGUAUAUUUAAAUUGAAAUAGGUAUAUAAAACAUAGUUUUGCAUACAAAUUUGUAUGGGUAUAAAGUUAACAUCUUGAUUUCCUUAUUACAUAUUUAUAACAAAUGAAUAUAGUAAAUGAUAAAAAAAAAAAAAUAAUAAUAAUUAGAUAUUCAAUUUUUAUUAAUAAAUGUAUAACUUAGCAUGUUAGAUAAUUAUAAAAAUCGUACAAGAUACAAUUCCUUUUGGUUUUCUUGUUAAAAAUAUAAUGUUUUAGAUAUUAUUAUCGGAAGACAAAAACGAGGAGAUUACUACUAAUUUAUGUAUGGAAUAUGUAUUACAAAAUAAUUUAUUCAAUAUAUUAGUAAUUAUGGCAGAAAAAGAAAAAUUAAUCGGUUUAAGAAUAUUGAUUUUAAAAUUUAUGACCAAUAUUAUUAGUCAGUUAAGAAAUCCAGUAUUAGCACAUCAAUCUAUUUUUGGGCCAAUUCAAGUAAGAGGAUUUUAAUAUUUACUACCUAUAGUCUAUAUUGUUUGUUUGUGUUAAAUAUUUUUUUAAUAAUAUACAUUGUAUAUUUACAUUUUAUUAUUUUAAUUAUAUUUUAUAAGUGCAAAUUAUUAUUAUUUUUUUUUUUUAACAAUUUAAUGUUACAAUUUUGUUACAUUUAGUAUUUAAACUAAAUUACCUUAUGGCCUAUAUCUUUUUUGUUCUAAUCUUUACCACUGUACUUAUUACAUUAAAGUCAUGGUGUUUAUUAUGUACAUUUCUUUUAUUGAUUGGUCACUGGUGAAAUUUGAGAAAUCAGCACUAUAUUAAUAGGUUACCAUUUAAAAUAUGGGUAUGUCACAUACAAAACAAAUACAGAUUUUUUUUUAAUCUAUUAUUUAUGCUUUAUCAUUUUUUUUUUUUUUUUAAUUUUUUAUAUUAUUUUAUAUGCUUAUUGUAAAUCAUUUGUUUUACAGAUUAUCAGUUAUUUUUAUACAAUUUUUAAAAAUAUAUAACAUAAAUUUAACAAACCCUGCUUAUUAAAAUGUAAAAUUCCUUAUUAAUUUUAUAUUUUUGUUUUGAUUUUUAGAAACUAAUUAAUUUAUGUCAUUGUGUUUUUUACAAUGAAAGGCAACAAGAUCAGAUCCAUUUUCUGCAUACACUGUGUGUAUUAUUAAAUAACCAACAGAAUACUGCAAUUAUGUUUUUUUCUUAUGUAAUAUCAUCAAUUAACAUUAUAAUAAUUAAUAUAUUAUAUUUAUAUAACUUAUUUGACUAAUUUAUAAAAUAUGAUUUUAUUAGGAGUCAGAAUUAGAAGAAUCAGAAUCACAAAAAUUAAAUACAUUUAAUAAAUUAAAUCUAUUAGAUUGCAUACUGUCGUAUAUAAACACCAAGGUUUGAUUAUUAAAAAAAAAAAAUUAUAAAUAUAGAUUUAUCAUUGUAAAUUUAAUUAUUUUUAAAGGACACCGAAGUUUAUUAUAAAUGCUGUGAUUGUAUUUUGUUAUUGACUAAAUUAAAUGAUGAAAAUGUUAUGGACUUAAUAGUUAAAAACACUAAUUUAUGUUCUACAUUUAGUACACAUUUAAGAAAUCUGUUUCAUACAUUACCACCUAUACUGGACUAUAAAGGACUAGAGACAAUUGAAUUAAAUUGGAAGUAUGUAGUUUUAAAAAAAUGUUAUAUUUGUUUUAUUACUUACAUCUAUAAUACGCAAAUAAAUAAAGAAAAUACAUAAAUAAAUUUACACAAAACCUGUAUAUGAUUCUUGUUCUAACUUAAAAAUAAGAAAGUAGUAAUUUUGGUUGAAAUAACCAUUCAUUAUUGGAAACUUAUAAUACGAAAAAGUUGAUCUUAGUUAGCUAAACAAAAGCCUACACAUACAAAUAGUUAAAUAAUUAGUAUAUAGUAGCAUAUCAAUUAUUUUUAAAAAUUUAAUAUUUUGGAUUUACAAAUUUUGAAGAACUUAAACACUUAAUAUAUAAUGAACAAAUUUAAUUAAAAAACCAUGUUUUUUUUUUUAUAGGAAUGAUUACAAUGCCAAUUAUUCAAAUGAUGUAACAAAAUUUUUUUGUUGGUUAAAUUUUAUUAUAGAGGUAUUUUUUAAUUUACAUUAAUAAUGUUUGAAAUAUUAUUGAUCUUUACAUUUUUAUUACAGGUAAUACGAGAUGGACAGUUAAAAAUAUCUUGUUCUUUGUGUGAAUCGUUAAGACUUUUUUUUUUUAAUAAAUUAUUUGAUACAAUCGAAGAAUUUUCUCUUUCUAAAGUUUUUCUGUUAAAAAAAAUGUAUAAAGCAUCUAAUUAUACACCUUUAAAUUAUAGUAGGUAUUUUAAAUUUAAUGUGAUAUUUAUUAAUAGUUAUCCUAUAAAAUUGUAAACUAAGAAAAUAUGACGUUUUUUUACAGCAAUGAAUAAUUGGUUAAGGUCAGAAUUUGAUUGUCUUUAUUACAACAAACAAACACCAAUAGACAUUUUAAUAAAAUUGUCUUUGACCAACGAUGAUGGUUUUGUUUUCCAAAUUCUCAGUUUUUUUACUGUAAAUUUAUAUAACAUGAAUACUUAUAAGUUAAGUAUACCACUUUGAUUUUAUUAUAGGAUGUAUUACUUAAUGCCGAUGAAGAAAUUCUAGAUUUCAUAAUUUUACGCUUUGUUAGUAAUAGAGAUUAUUAUGAAAGAUGUAAAUCAGGAUCGUGGAGUGAUGAAGAAGAUGAAAGAGAAAAAAAAUUACUAUCAAAUAAAAAUAAUAUUAACACCAGUCGAACUCUCGCUCCUUCGAGUAUUGACAGAAUAAUUAACAGGCAAGUUUAUGAUAAAGUAUUACAAAUUAUAUUCUUAAAUAUUAUAACAUUGUUAGGUAAUCCAUGAAAAUUUUAACCAAUAUAUAUUAUAAUUUGUAUUCUCAUUUUAAAUGUAUAGAUUAUUAGCAUUAAUUCCUCAAAAUGUUCAAUCAGACCCAUCACAUUCAUUCAAAAACUAUAUACUGUCUACGAAAAAUAAUUAUGAAGAAAUAUUUACUAAAUUCAAAAAGUUCAAUUGGCCAUCUGAAGCAUUAGACCCAGUUGAACAAUUGGAAAAUUUUGAUGAAGGUCCUUUUUUAAGAAUGAUAUUUAAAAAAAUUAGCAAUAUACCCAACCAAGUAGUUAUUAACGACAAAUAAUAAUUAAUAAUUUGAUUAUUACAUAAUCAAUUUUUUUUUUCAGAGUGUAUUAAUAACCUCCCAGAUAAAGACAAUUUUAAUAUUUUUAAGUUAUUUACCUCAUCCUUACCUACAUGAAUACUUGUUAAAUUCAACAUUACCAUUAAAACGUAAUGUGUCAUCAGUUUACACAAUAUUAAAUCAUGUACUCAAAGAAUUGCAUAAACAAAUAGUAACAAUUCCAAAUUAUAAUAAUGAAUUGAUUCACUCAAGAAACCAAAUUUUAAAAAACAUCUCAAAUCAAUUAGUAUUCAAUGAAAAGUAAAAUAAAUUUAGUAUUAAUUAUUUUAUUUUUAUUUAUGUAUAAUUUUUUUUAGAGACACACAAGCAAAAGUAUUUCAUAGUGCAGUUAUUUUAGAAGAGUUAUGUAAAGAAUUGGUGGCAGUAUUAUUUGUUAAGUAUCAUUAUUCAAAUUCUGUUUAAUAUUAAUACAUUUAAAUUUAUAAUUCAGUGGUGUGGUGAAAGGCAUUUCCCUAAUGCACUUAUUUAAAAAAUAGACUCACUAUGCCAUUAUAUGAUAUACAUCUGUUGGCUGGAUUAUGUUUAAUUUAUUAUUAAUAUUAAAUUAUAAUAAUAUACUUAUCAUUUUUAUUGGUAUUGUAUUCAUAGAUAAACUAUAGAUAAUCAUAUUAUUGUACUAAAGUAUACA